AGCUCCCAACAGCUGGAGCGUGCAGCGUGGCUGGCCCCAGCACCAUGCCGCUGGAACUCUGGGCUGCCUAUGAACAUUGGAGUGCUCUUUGUGCCGCAGCAAGAGGCCUGGGUGGUGGAGAGGAUGGGCAAGUUCCACCGAAUCCUCGAGCCUGGUUUGAACUUCCUCAUCCCUCUCCUGGAUCGGAUUCGUUACGUGCAGAGUCUCAAAGAAAUCGUCAUUAACGUCCCAGAGCAGUCAGCUGUCACACUGGAUAAUGUCACCCUGCAGAUUGAUGGUGUGCUCUACCUCCGGGUUAUGGACCCCUACAAGGCCAGCUAUGGGGUGGAAGAUCCUGAGUACGCAGUGACGCAGCUGGCCCAGACCACCAUGAGAUCUGAACUUGGCAAACUCUCCCUCGACCGAGUCUUCCGGGAGCGAGAGUCCCUCAAUGCCAACAUUGUGGAUGCCAUCAACCAGGCAUCGGACUGCUGGGGCAUCCGAUGCCUGCGCUACGAGAUCAAGGACAUCCACGUGCCCCCGCGCGUGAAGGAAUCGAUGCAGAUGCAGGUGGAGGCAGAGCGACGGAAGCGAGCGACAGUGCUGGAGUCGGAGGGGACACGGGAAUCAGCUAUCAAUGUGGCUGAGGGCCAGAAGCAGGCCCAGAUCCUGGCCUCGGAAGCUGAGAAGGCUGAACAAAUCAACAAAGCUGCUGGAGAAGCCAAUGCCAUGCUGGUCAAGGCUAGGGCCAAGGCUGAGGCAAUUCAGCUCCUGGCAGCUGCUCUGUCACAGCAGCACGGCAGUGCCGCCGCCUCUCUCUCUGUGGCAGAGCAGUACGUGAACGCCUUCUCCAAGCUUGCCAAAGACUCCAACACUGUUCUGCUGCCUGCCAACACUGGCGAUGUCACUAACAUGGUCGCACAGGUCAGUGUGGAUAGCUGUGUCCUGGCUGCAUCCAAAGCAGUGUGGGCAGCAGGUUGUG